AUGGCCCCAAUCAAGAUCGUCGUGGUCGGAGGCGGAGUCACAGGCCUGACUACUGCCGUCUUGCUGUCGAGAGAUCCGGCCAACCAGGUCACCGUCGCGGCAAAGCAUAUGCCGGGCGACUAUGACAUCGAGUACUGCUCGCCGUGGGCGGGUGCAAAUUAUCUUCCGGUGGGGGAGCCUGGCAGUGCUCAUUCGCAGUGGGAACGGGAUACAUGGCCCGUGCUAUCUGAUUUGGCAAAGAAUAAUCCGAGAGCCGGUAUUCAUUUUCAACGGGCGGUGAUAAAUACUCGUGACAAGGAUGCACAAUCUACUACGGGACAGUGGUUUUGUGAGCUCUCAAAGUCGGAUCCCUGGUUUAAAGAUGUCGUUCCAGAUUUCCGACGGCUCCCCAAGGAGGAAAUACCCCCCGGCGUAGACGCUGCCACCUCCUUCACCUCCGUCUGCAUCAAUACUGGCGUCUACCUCCCAUGGCUCGUCUCCGAGUGUCUCGCAAACAGCGUCGUCUUCAAACGAGCCGUCUUCAAACACAUCGCCGAUGCCGCAUACGUGCAUCACUCGGGUCAGAAGGCUGAUCUCGUCGUCAACUGUACGGGCCUCUCAUCGCGGAAGCUGGGCGGAGUUGAGGAUCAGCAGCUGUACCCUGCCCGCGGGCAGAUUGUGGUGGUCCGGAAUACUUCGCGGCUUAUGGCAUCGCUUUCCGGAUCGGAUGACGGGGACGAUGAGGUUUGUUAUAUGAUGACGCGGGCGGCUGGCGGCGGCACAAUCCUCGGCGGCUCCUAUCAAAAGCACAACUGGGAAAGCCAACCUGACCCUUCCCUCGCCGUGCGCAUCAUGAAGCGAUGCGUGGAACUCUGCCCGGAUCUCGUGGGGAAGGAUGGAAACGGCAAGCAGCGGGGUAUCGAGGGACUGGAUAUCAUCCGUCAUGGCGUUGGGUUGCGCCCGCUGCGGGAAGGAGGCGUGAGGCUGGAGGCGGAGAGGAUUGGCGGGGUACCUGUCGUUCAUAACUACGGGCAUGGUGGGUUUGGGUAUCAGGCUUCGUGGGGGUGUUCGAUGGCUGCAGUGAGGGUGGUUGAGGAGGUGCUGGAGAAGGAGAAGGGGAAGACUCUGUUGUAG